AGAACAUCUAUGGGCCCCAAUGGUAAUAUUUGACUCAAGUAGCCAUUGUAAUAUAAGUAAACUCUUACAAAUUGAUUUGAUCCUCAAUAGGCCGGAAUAAAAUGAUCAUCAAUCAUCUCGAAAAGCUCUUUGUUACCAAUGACGCAGCCACCAUCAUUCGUGAACUCGAUGUUAUUCAUCCUGCUGCUAAGCUAAUGGUAAUGGCCUCUCAACAACAAGAAAAUGAAUUGGGUGAUAAUACCAAUUUAGUUAUUGUUUUUGCUGGUGAGCUUCUGCAAAAGGCAGCUGAUCUUUUAAAACUUGGACUUCACCCUUCUGAAGUUGUUCAGGGAUAUGAAUUAGCUAGAGAUCGUGCCUUAAGUAUUCUUGAAGAAUUAUCUGUUGCCAAGGUAGAAUCAUUGUCAGACCGCAGUGAGCUCAUGAAAUUAGUGAAGGCCACCAUCUCUUCAAAGCAGUACGGCUAUGAGGAGUUUUUGGGAGAUUUAGUAGUUGAAGCAGCAUUAAACAUCAUGCCACAAAAUGUCAAAGAUUUCAACGUUGAUAAUGUUCGUGUAGUGAAGGUGAUGGGUUCUAGCCUACAUGAAUCUCGUGUUGUACGCGGCAUGGUCUUCGGUCGUGAACCCGAAGGAAUUGUUCAAAAUGUGAACAAUGCCAAAGUUGCCGUUUUCACUUGUCCUUUGGACAUUUCACAAACAGAGACAAAGGGUACCGUUUUGAUUCACAAUGCACAAGAAAUGUUGAAUUUCAGUAAGGAUGAAGAAAAACAAGUAGAAAAAAUCUUCCAGGAAUUAGCAGAGGCAGGUGUCAAGGUUGUUGUUACCGGUAGUGGUAUCGGUGAACUUGCUCUUCAUUAUCUGAACAGAUACAAUAUCAUGGCUGUCAAGGUCCUCUCAAAGUUCGAUUUGCGUCGUCUUUGCCGAGUCAUUGGCGCUACUGCCCUUGCUCGUUUGGGUACGCCCAUGGCCGAAGAAAUGGGUCAAUGUGAUAUUGUUGAAACUGUUGAAAUUGGAUCUGACAGAGUCACUGUUUUCCGUCAAGAAGAAUCAUCUAAAUCCCGCACAACCACAAUUGUCAUUCGCGGCGCUACACAAAAUCAUAUGGAUGAUGUUGAACGUGCUGUCGACGACGCUGUUAAUACUAUCAAGGCCGCCACUCGUAAUCCUCAACUGUUAGCAGGUGCAGGUGCAGUUGAAAUGGAAUUGAAUAAGCGACUUCAACAAGUAGCUGCUAAAACACCCGGCUUAAAUCAACAUGCCAUCAAAAAAUUUGCUGAGGCUUUGGAAGUGGUUCCCAGAACCCUUUGUGAGAAUGCCGGUAUGGAUGCCACAGCUAUUUUAUCACGUUUAUAUGCUGCUCAUUAUCAAGAAGGUGAUACUGGUAUGAGCGUUGGUAUUGACGUAGAAAACCAAAAUGAUGGUACUUUAGAUGCUUCUAAGGAAAAUAUCUACGAUUCUCUCGUUUCCAAGUAUAGUGCAUACAAGUUGGCUGCUGAUGCAGCGUUAACUGUACUCAGAGUUGAUCAAAUCAUCAUGUCAAAACCUGCAGGUGGUCCCAAACCUCCAAAGAAGAGCGGCCAUUGGGAUGAAGAUGAUUAAAAAAAGAACAUAACUUAUUCUAGCGACUGAACUGCUACUCCUAUAUUUGUCCAUAUAUCACUAGUGUACACAUUAAAUGCUUAAAUUUGCAUCCGUCUUA